AGAGCUGACGUCACUGAGUCUGAUCUGAGAUCAGCGGGAAACUCUGUCGGUCUGAUGCUGUAAACAAACACUGCGGCUCCGGUACUCGGGCGAUAUUGAUGAAAUCUAAAGGAUGGAAAUAAGGCUUCUGAUUUCCACACACAGUUAUGUUUCGUUGUGUUUCUCUGCGCUGUUUAUUACCGCGGGCGUGUCGGCGAUAGACGUGUUCACUCCAGCCGAGGCGUUUGUGGAGAACGGGACCACAGCGACUCUAUCCUGUAGUUUUAAGUCUAAAGAGGUGGUCAGUAGUUCGGCGUCGGUGACGUGGGCUUUCCUGCCGGAGGGAGACACGGGACAGCCCACUUCAAUAUUCUAUUACUCCGGCGGGAAGUCUUUUCCGGGCACGCUCCCGCAGUUUAAGUCCCGUGUGGAAUGGGCCGGAGACAUGAACAAGAAGGACGCGUCGAUCCGCGUGAUCCAGAUGCAGUUCAAGGACAACGGGACGUUCAGCUGCGACGUGAAGAAUCCUCCGGACAUCACCGGGCAGAUGUCCAUCACUAAAGUCAGAGUGGUCAUGAAAGAGUCUCUUCCUCAGACCAGCACGGCGGUGAUCGUGGGCGGCGUGAUCGGAGCCGUGAUCGGCAUCAUCAUCAUCUCUGUGGUCACGUACCUGAUCAUCCGGCGACAGGAGCCCAGUCACGACUACGAAGGCUGCACCUCGUUAGAGAGUGUGAGCUCACAGAACACUCGGGUGGGGAAGAAGGCGGAGUCGAGUAACGACAACUCCCGGUGCUCCAGCCCCUCCGCCCCCGUACAGGGGCCGGUGAUUUACGCUCAGCUCGAUCACUCCGGCAGCAAGAACUCGUCCUUCCACAAGAUGGAGCCGGUGGUUUACGCAGACAUCCGGAAGAACUAGAACGAUCAGACUGAUCCUGAUCAGUGGGUUAGUACUGGACUGAUGAUUCCUGACGUCACGUGACCAGAGACUCUUUCUUCAGUGUGUGUGUGUGUGUGUCAGUGUCUCCUGUGAGUUUCUACAGUAAAAUAACGAGGAUGUAGAUGAUGAAUCCCACCACAAACCAAACUAAUUAGAUUCUGUGGCAUCGUUGUCAGCGCCGGCCCUCAUUAACACUCGUUAGAUUCUCAUUACUGUAGUACAGUAUACUUGUUUUACUGUCGUGCAAUGCUUAUUCAAUGCAUUUAAAUCAACAUAAACACUACAGUGAUUAAAUAUGAUGCUUUGCAUUAUGAGAUUAUUAGUUGUGCAGGUGAAAAUGUGCUUAUUUUACAUUGUUGACUGUUCAAUUAUUUUUGUAAGUUUUAUUUUAUUUUCAAAUUAAAGGUCAAGCUUCGUUUUUUUGUUUUUUGCACAUUUCACCACAAAAUCAAGCAAACAAAUGAUCAUUUGCAUAGAGAAAAUGAAGCCUUUCUUUAGGACCAUAAACUGAUUUGUGACAUUAUUUUAAUUAAGAAAUCCUCUCAUGACUGCAUUAUAGUAAAAAUAUUACUGUAAAUGUUUUAUUUUAAAAUAUCAUGAUGUAUAAAUACUUAAAUUGCCAUUUAAGUAAUAUAUUUUGAGAGCAAUGGCAGAAAAUGUGCUUAUUUUACAAUUAUUAUCGAUUUGAAUUUCUAUUUCACCACGAAAACAAACUUUCCGUCGAGAAAACAUUUUUUUUUUUUUGCGAGCAGAAUUCCAUGAUUUUACAUUACAUUAAAAAUAUUAGUGUAAUAGUUUUAUUUUUUUAUAAACUCUGUGGUAUGUUAUUUUUGCAGUAUGUUAUUAUUUUCGAUACGAAUGGUCCCAAAGAUAAGCGUCGUUUUUGGCUGGUUGUGUGGUGUGAUUGACAGCUGCGUUUGCAUGUAACUGACGUACUGACAUCAGGGAGCAUGAUGGGUAAUUGUCACAUAAACACUCCAGAAGCUGCCGAACAGAGGUAGUGUGCAUGUGUGAGCGGUUAGACUAGUUAGCUUGUUAACGUGACCGCACUAAUGUAGAAACGCCUUCAGUGUUAGUGUAGUGAUCUAGCGUGUGUACAGCGCCUCAAACACUCCGCACUCAUUCCACUUUCAUGUCUUACGGUUUUUAAACUUCUUCUUAUGUGCAUUUCGUGUGUCAUAACUGAAGUUUUGUUUUUAAUUGUGACAGUUCUGACACUUUUGAGCACUAUUGAGCGUUAACCAAAAUCUGCCACGACUGACGGAUCAUUCCUUAAGUUUCCGAUGCUGGAGUCGUUUCCAUGUGUGUUUUUUUUUGUUGAAUAGAUGAUUAUUUUUUUUAUUUGAGAACUGCAGACAUUCCAUUCCUGUCGGUACUUGUCUGAUUUUGUACUGCGGCUGCAAAUCCUGCACUGUUUCUGUUUCUGACUCUGACUGCAGCACUAUUGUGUCACAUGAUCACAUGUUAACUGGAACACUGUGGAUAAGAGUGCCUUCAUCAACUAACUCUUUCACACUUCCUCGUUUUAUUGGCCUUUUGUAUAUGAAAACAGCUGUAUCUGUUUAAUUUUAUACAUGCAUAUAUAUAUAAAUAUAUCAAACCGAAUGAAAAA